CGACAACAACUCCUCUUAACCAGAAGGACGUUACGAUACCUUUCCCAUUCUCAUCGUUAACCUUGAGAAUCUCUCACUGCAAUUUACAAAUCCAUAUCCAUGGCGGAGUUUUCAUCCAACGAUCGCGGAAGCCAUUCCGGUAGUUCCAGUGACAAUUCUGUGUAUUUCGAAGCCGAAGUCUCUCCUCCGAAUGUCGACAAUGCCACCGCUUCUUCAGGGAUUGUUGAGAGGGAUUUGCAAACAGAGAGAACGACUGGAGAAUCAUCGGCCGUCGGAACAUCAACGCAUUCGAGUUCUAGUUCGAGUCAGCUCACUGCAAGCGCGAGGUUGACUCAUAAUCAGUCAUUGGCUGCGAUUCUAGCCAAACUCUUCGACCACAGAACUCCUUUUAGAAAGAAGCGUAAAUAUAUAAACCGCCUGGCAAGAGUUCAAGAUGACGGGACUGUACAGUUUGACGUUCCGGGAGAUAUUAAACCACAGCAGCUGGAUUUUGGAACUGGAGUUGUUCACGGUGAACCUUGUGAUGAAAAACCUUCUUCUGGUGAAACAGAAGCUGAAGUUCUAGAUAUACGUCCGCUGCAAAUUGUAAUGCUUAUUGUCGGUACACGAGGAGAUGUACAACCGUUUGUUGCCAUUGGAAAAAGUUUGCAGGAAUAUGGCCAUAGGGUUAGGCUAGCAACUCAUGCAAAUUUCAAAGAUUUCGUCCUUACUGCUGGGUUAGAGUUCUUUCCUUUAGGUGGAGAUCCAAAAGUUCUUGCUGGUUAUAUGGUCAAGAAUAAGGGUUUCUUGCCAUCAGGACCUUCGGAAAUAUCAAUUCAGCGAAAUCAAAUAAAGGAAAUCAUUUUUUCUUUACUUCCUGCAUGCAAGGAACCUGAUCCUGAUUCUGAAGUUCCAUUUAAAGCAGAUGCGAUAAUUGCCAACCCACCAGCAUAUGGGCAUUCUGAUGUUGCUGAGGCAUUAAAAGUACCACUUCAUAUAUUUUUCACAAUGCCAUGGACGCCUACAAGCGAAUUCCCCCAUCCUCUAUCCCGUGUCAAGCAACCAAUUGGAUAUAGACUAUCAUAUCAAAUAGUCGAUGCAUUAAUUUGGCUAGGAAUUCGAGACAUGAUAAAUGAGUUUAGGAAGAAAAUGCUGAAGCUGAGACCUAUCACAUAUUUAAGUGGAUACUAUAGUUCUCCUCCUGACGUGCCCUACGGGUAUAUAUGGAGUCCUCAUCUUGUUCCCAAACCUAAAGAUUGGGGACCGAAGGUUGAUGUUGUUGGUUUUUGUUUUCUUGACCUUGCUUCAAAUUAUGAACCCCCAGAUUCACUUGUGGAGUGGCUGGAAGCUGGUGAACAGCCUGUCUACAUUGGAUUUGGUAGCCUUCCUCUUGAAGAACCAGAGAAAAUUACCAAUAUUACUCUUCAAGCUCUGGAAAUAACUGGACAGAGAGGCAUCAUCAACCGAGGCUGGGGUGGCCUUGGUAAUUUGACAGAACCAAGUGAUUCUGUGUAUUUAGUGGACAAUUGCCCCCAUGAUUGGCUAUUCCAACGAUGCUCUGCUGUGGUGCAUCAUGGGGGUGCUGGGACAACUGCUGCUGGUCUGAAAGCUGCGUGUCCAACCACAAUUGUACCAUUCUUCGGGGACCAGCCAUUUUGGGGGGAGAGGGUUCAUGCCAGAGGAAUAGGUCCUGCACCCAUUCCAGCUGAUGAAUUCUCGCUUGAAAAGUUGGUCGAUGCCAUACGCUUCAUGUUAGAUCCAAAGGUUAAAGAGCGUGCUGUUGAAAUUGCCAAGGCCAUGGAUGGCGAAGAUGGGGUGACAGGAGCAGUGAAUGCCUUUCACAGGCACUUUCCUCACAAUAAAUCUGAGGAUAAACCCGAGUCAUUGCCGGCUAGAAGAGGCUUAUUUUCCAUCAGGAGGUGUUUUGGCUACUCCUCCCCCUACACAUGAUUCUUCACUAGUCCACAGCGAUGUUUUCUUCCUAUCAUGUGCAAGACAUCAGAAAUGUGAAAUUCUGAUAUCCUCUUACUAGGUUACUUAACAUUACAUCGUUUUGUUUUGCUCGUCAAACAAAUCUUCUACAGAUGCCUUUGUUUUCAUUAUUAGAUAAUGUCUAUUAGGGCCACUUCCGCCAGGACAGUAAAAACUAUUAUUGUAAGUGUUUUUAAUACACUGAGAAAGAUGUGAUGCUUGUAGGGAGCUUGGAAAUUUUCAAAGCCGAACGAUUCUUCAAGAGACGUAAGAACUAUAUUGAUGGCUUAAAAAUAAAGCCAUUGGCCGCUGCACUAUACAAACACAGUUUCUUU